ACGACGCCCUUCCGUUCUAUUCGCUGCAGCAGUCAUUCUCCUCUGACUCGCUGGACGACUUUCUCUGUGGAAGGAUCCAUCCCGCGGCACAGCACACCUCUUACAGUUAUUUCCUCUGGUGAAGGAUUUCUGUGAGCAGCAGCCACCAUGAUGCAGUGUCUUCAGUUUCUGGUCGAACCAACCAAGAAUGUUACGGAGAAGUAUAAGGAGUUUCGUAAGAAGGUGAAAAAUGAGAAGAGAGAACCACUGGACGAGAGCCAGCAGUUCAUUGUCAACCUGGCCAAGGAUCUGGGACGUGUCUGUCAGAGGUCAGAGGUGUUGGAGAACAUCUCAAAGAGUGAGGAUGUGUGGCCCACUCUCACCUGCAGGGCCUUCAUUCUGGAGUGGGCAUCGCUGCUCGAGAGCAAGAAAAGACCAAUGCUGACUGAUGGAUGGCCAGAGAGAAGUGACUGGAAGGAUCUGACUCUGAGCAGUGAGCAGGAUAUAGAGAGCGCCACGAGAGUCAUUCUCACCUGGACCAAAGACCUGAGGGCCCAACCUGAGCAAAGUGUGUGGCCUGGAGAGCAGGUGGUGGCGGCUUUGGAUGACCUUGAGAAUCACUGGAAAAAAGGUCGGAUGGCCACCCUGCAGUCGGCCAUGGAGCUGGUGUUCUGGACGCUAAUCAGCAAAGAACUAGACAAGGAGAACAUUCCGCAAAAGUGGCUUAUGUGGAAACAGAGGAGCCAAAAAAUAGGUGCCACCCCAUAUAUUCCUCAUGUAGUGUGGGACUGGAUCAGUGAUGCAGGAGUGGAGGUGACCCUUGACCUGGACACGGCCAACCCUGACCUGCUGGUCUCCGAGGACGAGAAGCGCAUGCGCUGUGGUUUCGAGCGCAAAGACGUGCCUAACUAUCACCAGCGCUUCGACGGUUGGUGGUGUGCGGUGGGAACCGAAGGCUUCGCCUCUGGCCGCCAGUAUUGGGAGGUGGAUGUGGGAGAAAUGGACUGGCGCAUCGGUGUGGCCAAAGAGUCCGCCUUGCGUAAAGGCUUCAAGUCCCUGAACUCCAACACUGGCUACCUGACCCUGCGGCUGGAGCGUGGCACGGAGCUAAAGGCCCUCACCGUGCCGUUCACCGCCCUGCCAGCCGCCUUGAUUCCUCAAAAGGUCGGCGUCUACCUAGACUACGACCAGGGCCAGCUGUCCUUCUACGACGUGGAGAACCACUCCCACAUCUACACCUACAACGAGACAUUUGACGAAAAGCUCUUCCCGCUCUUCGGAACGGUGGAGAUCGUGAAAGACCUGGUGAUCAGAUCCCCCAGGAACAGGAGCCACUGCCUGUGUCCCGGCAUUUGCCUGUGGGGUUGAGACCCAACCGAAUUCAACCGGAGCCCAGUGCUUAAUCUCUAGACCAGUGGUUCUCAACUGGACCUUAAUAUGUUACCAUUUGUACAGAUAGGGUCACAGGGUCGCAAAUGCAAGUAUUUUGCUAAGUAUUUGUACCCAUAGGGAUUUUGUGAAGUGCUUUAAAGGGUUAGUUCACCCAAAAAUGAAAAUUAGCCCAUAAAUUACUCACCCU